CCGUACUUGUUGACGUAUGUCAGUAUAGGUUAUGUCUAGCUAAAUUUCGCUGAAAAUAUGGAUUAAUUCGUAAAAAUUAACGUUACAAAACAUGUUGUCGACAAAAAACGUAACACAUACACAUCCGGCAGUUCUUUCGUAGCAAAAAAUCCACGAAUUAGUUAUUUAUGGAACCAAAGCACCUACAUAUGAGCUUACUAAAUGAAGAUAUGGUAUCAAAUAGAGACUGGAGAAGGGCUUUAAGGUCACAACCAGCCUACAGAAUAGUAAAUAAAACAAUUAGAGGACAGACAACGUUCAUAACGAUGGUGGGGCUCACUGGUUUAUUCAUUUUAUUUUAUUUUUACCACAAAAAAGGUGUAGCCCCUAUGAGAAGCAGCAAUUAUAACUAUACAUACCCUAUAACAAGGCCUAUUAAAACCAGCACUUUACACAACUUUAAGAUAGGUAUAAUAGCCGAUUUGGACACAAAUUCAAAAAGCGAUAAUGAGAAAAAUACGUGGUUUUCCUACUUAAAAACUGGUUAUUUAAGUUUCAACCCUUAUUCACAUAGAGUUGCCAUAACAUGGGAUAAAACUGACCCUGCUCGGCUAACAAACAACUUUGCCUUAAAAGGUAGAGGUAUGGAAUUGUCAGAGUUAGUAGUUUUUGAUGGACGGUUGUUAACUUUUGAUGAUAGAACUGGUAUAAUAUACGAACUAAGCAAUAAUAAAGUUAUACCGUGGAUAUUGUUAAUGGAUGGGGAUGGAAAGAGUGUUAAGGGUUUUAAGUCGGAGUGGGCAACUGUUAAAGAUGAAAUUUUAUAUGUAGGGUCAAUGGGUAAGGAAUGGACAACCGCUAGCGGCGAAUAUGUCAAUUCUAACCCUCAAUAUAUUAAAACAAUUACUACAAAAGGGCAGGUAAGCCAUAUAAGCUGGGAAGAUAAUUAUAAAAGGGUUAGAAGCAUAUUGGGUAUAUCAUACCCGGGGUAUAUGAUACACGAAAGUGCAGUGUGGUCCAACAUACACAGAAGAUGGUAUUUUUUACCGCGCAGGUGCAGCACAGAAAAAUAUGAUGAAAAAACAGAUGAAACCAAAAGCUGUUCUGUAUUAAUUUCCACAAAUGAGGAUAUGUAUGAUGUACAAAAAGUAGACUUAAAAUCAUCAUCAAAUACUCGAGGCUUUUCGAGUUUCAAGUUCAUACCCACCUCCAAUGAUCUUGUGAUAGUGGCAUUGCGAACUGUAGAGUUUAACGGUACCACGGAAACGUACAUAACAGCUUUCACCAUCUAUGGUCAAAUAAUAAUGGAUGACACUUACAUUUCCAAUCUGAAGUACGAGGGCUUCGAGUUCAUUUAACAUUCCAUCAAUAUAAUUUAGGUAAUUUGUAACAUAAUUGUAUAUUUAUCAAAGUAUUUAUUAUAUGUGAACCAUGUGCGUGUGAAUUGAUGCAUUGUAAAUAAAUAUCUUCAUGUAUAA